UAGGCCUCUCAGGUUUAAACCUACCCACUAGGAAUAGUUUUCAGCUUUAGUGGUACACUGCUGAGGCUAGUUGCCUGUGUGCAGUGCUUUUUCUUUGCUCUAAUGGCGUGUAGAGUGAGCAGGGGCAGAAUAAUAUCACUUUGUUUAGGACUUUUAGUGUUUAUGACAUCACACUAUCAUUGUACACCUCUGACCAGGCUAAAGGCACUGGAUGAAUUAAAAGGGAACUCAUUGCAUAUCCCAAGUCAAGCUGAGAGUCAAAGUCAGCAGCACCAUGGAAGACUCUUGAUUGGCCAAAUCUCGGAGCAGGAUGCUAAGCUCAAUGCAACCAAUUCUACAAAUGGCAUGCUGGAUGAUGAUUCGGAUUACCAAGCUGACAUGGGCUGGUGGCAGAACAAAGAACUUGGUGGACAAGAUGAUGGGUCAAAGCCGGACAUUGCAGCCGUACAACGUGUCCUUAAACUGGACCCAAAGGUUGAAUGUACAGGGAACUCAAUGAAGCUUCUUGUUCAAGAUGCUGCUUCUACCCCUGCAUCACUCCUCUUUGUGGACAGGGGUCACUUGUCUCCCCUGUCUCUAUCCAAGUUGCCAUCAAGUUGUGGUUACUCCAUCAGGUCAACUCGAACAGAAUUGAUCUUAAUUGCACCUUAUGAUGGCUGCUUUGUCAUUCAUGAGGAGGACAGCUACGUUCUCCCGUUGCGUUGGUGGGGGUUACCAGUAAGGAUGUCAUGUCCGUUGAUGAGGCACACGUCCUCGAGCCCGCCGAUGGUCACCUGCCAUGCUGAUGGCAUGGUUGUGAAAACAGACUGGACCAACUCUGCUUCUAGAAUUAAAGUAAAAGUGAAUGGAAACUGGGAGCUGCUAUUAAAGGCCUCUCAAAGAUGCAUGUUUGGUAUUGUGGAACAUCCCGAAGGAGUGGUCCUGUCUGUGCACUAUUCUCCCUGCCUGGAGAAGCAAAAUGGAUUGUACACCCUUGAACUGUUUGCAGAAGGCGAGACAAAAAUUUCAUGUCCAGCGUUAUUACCAGUUCAUCCUCAGUCAGCACAAGUCCCAGCAAAGGGUCCUCAAAUCCCUCAGAACCCACAGAUUCCCAACAAGCCAGGUCAGGGACCAACAGAAAUUCAUCAACCUUAUUCUCCAUUCCCAAGUUUUGUUUACCCUAAUCUUGCGAGACCGAACAGUCCGCCUGCCUAUCAGCAAAUGAGUCAGACACCUCCGCCGCAAAUCAGUCAAAGUGCAGUCAAACCGCAACUCCCUGCACAGUCACCAGUGACUAAAUCACCAGGUCAGUCUAAGGUUCAAGACCAGACACAACUUCAUCAGUUUUGUGCACAGACAUUUCAAGAUCCCAAUCUUCAGCAACAAUGUCUUCAAACAUUACAGCAGAAACCUGGUGACUUGUACCCGCCAUUCUACCUCUUCUACCUCCAACAGCAGCCAGCCUCAAAACCCACUGGUGUUUCCAAGCCACAACAGCCUGGAGCCACUCAGGGCCACAUGUACCAGCCCUUCUACCCAUUAUACACCCAGCCGAAGCCAGUUCCAAAACCUGCUGAUGUUCCUCAGUCAAAACCCGGAACCCCUCCUAGUUACAUGUACCAGCCCUUCUACCCAUUAUACACCCAGCCGAAGCCAGUUCCAAAACCUGCUGAUGUUCCUCAGUCAAAACCUGGAACCCCUCCUAGUUACAUGUACCCACCCUUCUACCCAUUAUACACCCAGCCAAAGCCAGUUCCAAAACCUGCUGAUGUUCCUCAGUCAAAACCUGGAACCCCUCCUAGUUACAUAUACCCACCCUUCUACCCAUUAUACACCCAGCCAAAGCCAGUUCCAAAACCUGCUGGUACUUCUAGGCCAUUACAACCUGAAACUCCUCCUGACAAAGUACAGCAAGACCCUGGAGUCCAAAUGCCAUCAAAGCCCCCUCAGCCACAGCAGCCUGAAACAUCUCGUGACCAAAUGUACAAACCAUUCUACCCUUACAUAUACUACACUAGGCCAAAACCAGCUGUAAAACCUACAGGUGUUUCUCAGUCAUCACAGCCUGUGACCACUUGGAGCCAGGUACAACAGCCACCCCAACCAAAGCCUGGAGAUUAUCUUGGUUCGAAACCUGCUGUUCCUUAUCCUGAAGCCCCUCCGGACCAGUGGGACCAACAAAUGUGCUUUUCUGCUCAGUUGAUGGCUCAAAGUCAGCUAGCAAACAAACCCUCUGCAGAUCAAAAGCCAUCCACUGAAAAUAUGCAAAGACCAUUUUAUGGGCCUUGUCAACCAUCCAGGACACCAGGUACUGGAACAAAUUAUGCUACUUCCAUGGAAAGCUCAAGGCAAAACUCACAGAUGUCCAUUCUUAAACCUCCUCAUGGCCAGAUGGGCUAUCCCUCUAACCAGGUAUACCACAUGCAAGCUGGUAAUGUUGGCAUUUCCCCAUAUGCACAACCUUUUUAUUGCCCUCAACUCUGCCCAUCUGGACUUGGUAACUGCUGUAUACAAAUUGCUCUCCACCAGCAUCUCCAUAUUUUUCCUGCUGGAUUUGAGGGUAAAGAUUCAGCUCCAUUUUAUCCGGGUCUUCCCCUUUCUGCAGUGGCAUAUGCCGAGCUUGGCAAUGGUUUGGAAAUGUCCCCCUUCCCUCAGCUUGCAGACAUAACGAUGCAAGCAACAGGGACUGGCAUCUCUGCACAAACUUCACCCCAGCUCCUCACAGUUGCAGAUAAAAAGCAACCACAUGGCAAGCCAGCAGAUGGCAACCCUGCUGUACUACCUGGAAGUAGUCCCAGCAGUACUGCAAAACCCCAAGUACUAGUUUACCCUUACUUUCCAACAGAUUCGCUAUAUCCCCAUUGGCCAUAUUUGCCUCAGAACAUGGAUCUGCAACAAGGCCAAUCUUCAGCUCCCAGUGACCCCACUAAACAAAGGGUUUCAAGUGAUGUGCCAUUGAUUUAUUACGGGCCAUAUAGCAAUCAGUAUCCCAAACAAAGCAACCAGUUGGGCGGGAAUAACCCCUUUGGGGCUAAUUUCAUGUCUGUUGAGCAAUUUUCUCCACGUUCAGCAGAGCAGCGAAACAAACCUGCAGGAAAUGAGAAGCAGUCCUUAAAUAAAGAAUUCAGUGGCUAUAAGCAAGAUAUUGAUCAACUGUUCUUUCCUUUCUACAUGCACCAAGAUGCUCCAGCGCUCACUCAAAAUGUCUCGCUAACACCCAACAACUCGCAAGCUCAGCCAUUUGAGAGAGACUCGAAGAACUCCACCAAACCUGAACAAAGUCUGGGCGCUCAUUCUGCACCACAGAGUUAUGUACUGCUACAGCACGGUCCUCCAGGGAGGGAGCAAAAGCGGUUCAGUGAUUCCCCAGUGCCUUUCAGAGACCUGGUUCAUGGCACAAACCCUGAAGCCCUAAACCUUGGACAGCAUCACAUUAAUCCUCUGAAUUUUGAGUUUUUGCAGGAAAAAGGCCAGCAGCAGCUCAAAAGGCUGGGGGAGGGAACAUUCAAUUCCUUCCCUGGUGACAUCCACUACAUGCAGAGGCUUGAUGAAUCUGGUUUUCCAUCAUUUUCCUCUACCUUAGACAAACUUCAUCAAAUGCAUUUACCACCUGAACAAUCUCCCAGUGCCAAGCAAUUAAAGCCUGAAACCCUAGAGUCUUUUGAAGACCCCUGGAAAUCCUUGACGCCUACAAGCUCCAGCCAAAAGCUUGCACCCCAUGUUCCUGGAAAGGUGUUUCCACAGUGGAGCUCUAUGGCUGACCAGCCAGCAAAUGGAAAGAACCAACCCCUCCCGACAGAACAUGGAGAUCAGAAGGAAUGAGUUGCCUUUAUUGUGAUUAAACAAUUUACAGACUA